CCCUGCCCUGAGCCCUUAGCACAAGGCGCCCUGUGAAAUUAAAAUUUCUUUGGCACUGGGGGGGCACAAAGGUCAACAGGACUCCAUUUUUUACCCGCUCCUGGCACGGCACAUCGCCCAUCAUCCUCUUAAUUUAGGGUAUCUUAGGGAACGGCCCCCCCUAAAUUUCAUCCCGUUCCUUGUCGUCGUUGGCCCCAACCUGAAAGUGACCUCCGCCCACUGUCGGCCGGUACCUUUUUUCGCUCGCGUCUUCCUUGUAGCGUCAGGUAUUCCCCCAAUUUUCGUUCAUUUCCACCUGCAUUUUCCAUUCUCGUUGCUUCGCGCCGAUUAACAAGGCUUACCUUAUUAAUAAAUCAAAGACGGGACCCGAGGCCACCCUCUCUCUCUUUUUCUUUACUGCCUCAAAUAAUUACCUCGCCCUUCUCCUGCCCUUUCUUUGUUUUGUUUUGUUCUGUUCAGUGUUUUUAGUUGUUUCCUCUAAAACAAUCUACAAAGCAUCCCUCCACCCAUUAUCCCCCCCCCUUGUCCCUGUCGAGCAACUUUGUCUCAGACCUUGAUCUGUACUGUACUGUACAUAGAGUUACACUACAAAACGGUGCCGUACUCGUGCCCGCCCUCGGAGAACGUCAUAUGCACCAGUCUCCACGCGCAAAAAACAGAACAGCGGCUCUCGCACUCACACACCCAUAACAAUCCAUACACCCACCUACGCAGCACAGCACAGACGCCACCCUGAAUUGAGAUUGGGGAAAUCCUGCAACUUGGGAAUCAGCCGCCUUUUCUACUCCUCUUCUAGCUUCUACUCAAAAGCCCAGUCCGGCCCGGCCCUGCAUUGCAUCUCACUUCUGCCAUCGACCCAUAUCAAAGCACCCUCACGCACAAAGCAACCACCCCAACCAACAACCUACUCUACUCUAUAGCAGUUGACGAUGUUUGUCUUGCUGUUAUAGCACCACUGUCCUCAGGGACACUUUUAACGCCUCCUUCGACGCUGCUAUUGCCCAGGCAAUAACACAACCGCAACGUCUUGCACCCCAACUACUAUACGACACAUACAACUGCACGCCUUCUCGACUACUUCAACGACUAUUAUCCUAAUCUCCUGAUCACGAAUCGAACUUCCUGUUUGGAUCCUUCAGCUCAACCCCCACACUUACACCCCAAAGUCGAAGCACUCUAUCUACCAAUAUGACUACCAACAACCCAGACACCCUAUGGGUGGCUCACGGUUCAGAAGAGCUCGAGGAGGCCGACGAGCCGCCUGAGAUAACCCUCAAGAAGCAGCAGUUUACUGCCAACGAUUUCCAGCGAACUACCAUUCGACCUCCUACUGAAAAGUCCUCUCUGUUGACCAAGGCCAUCAAUGGAAACUCAGACGACGACCUCUACACUCCCCAGGCUAUCUCACGAUCCAUGGCCAACACCCAGCGACGUCGCUCCCUUGUUAGCAACAUUAGCCUCGCUUCGACCGCCGACCUCACGAGCGAUACUGGUUUUACUAGCCCUUCGAGACCGAGCACACCAAGCCCUCCUCUCCCUGAAAUGGCCAUGCUGCGCUUGCACGAUGGACGUGCUGCCGAGCCUACGCAUGUUUCUUUGCUAGGUGCUGCUGUCAGGCUACAGCAGGGCAAGACUGAGGAGCCUCGCAAGCGAAGCAUUCAGUUUGCAUGUGGUGGCAAGCCCGUGGUCCAAGAACAACCCCCUCGAUCCCAACCUAUGGUCAAAGCGCCUUCUGCUCAGGAAGCUCCUCGCAAGUCAUGCAUCAAGUUUGCAUGCCCAGCUCGACCCGCCUCUACUCAGAACACUCCUCCCCGGCACACCGAGAACUGCGCCAAGAAGGACGUCACACCAAAGGCCGAAUCUCCCUCAACCCCCAGGCGAACUUCAGCCCUGGCGUUUGCCGCACCUCGCCAGGUCACACCUCGCCGACACUCCAUGUCGCGUCCUAAAUUUCUCCGCGCCAACUCCUCUGACCUUGCCACAGACGGCUCACAGUUCCACGAGUUUGCUAGUGGUAUCACCCGAGAGGACGAUUGGAUCCGACGUGAUAGCAAUGCUGUUGCAACUAAACUGACAAUCAAUGACACUCUGACCAAGGAGAACAACAUUCGACGUCUGGCUACCGAGGCAGAGGAAGAGGCGCAAGAGGAAGAAGACGAGCUCGAGGACGAGGAGGAUGCUGACGUUGACGACGAGGAUGAUGUGGACGAGGAUGAAGAUGAGGAUGAGGACGACGAACUCGAUGUUGAGCUCGACGAGGAUGAAGAGGACGACGAGGAGGACGAUGACGACUCUGAUGGCUAUCACACCGAUGAAGAGACUGGAUUCGCCGACUCCGAUGAGGAUGAUGAGGACGAUGACAUGCGUCUCUGGACUCCUGGAGCCAAAUCUGUGGUUCAUAUCGGAUCGGGCGCUACUCUCAUGCGCCGCCCUUCCCUUCACGAGUUACAGUCUGACUCUUCUAUCACUACCGUGGAUAACCAGCGUGCCAACCGUCGCUCAAAGCGCGUCAGAUAUGCCGAGGAGGCUCCUGAUCUUCCCGACAGCACUGACUUUGUCUGCGGUACAUUGGAUGAGGACCGUCCUCUCGAGGAAGCUUACCUUUCAUGCCUCGCAGCUCGACGAAAUGAGAAGCUUCGCGUCAUUCCUCAGGACAUCGACCCCAGUUUCCCUGCCUCUGAGCCUGAGGAGGAAAACGAGGGCGAGAUCUUCAACCCUGUUCAUCACUCAAGUGACGAGGAUGAUGAGUUCUUCCAGGGCAAAAUGGAGGAUCUUCAUCAUGAGCGUGACCGUCCUCGUCGCCGUCGCAAGAGCGAGCAUGCCUCUCCCAAGCGAUUCCGCUCUCCUCCUCCCAAGCGUCAUCACUCACCCCCUCCCAAGGUCCGAGGCCGAUCACCCAAGCCUCUGUUUGACCGUCAAUCCCCUCGAAAGGCCAAGUCCCCAGCUCCUAUGCGCAAGCCCAUCACUACUCCUCUUGGAUCUCCUCGCUGCGGCCAAGUCAACUUCAACCUGGCUGGUCGCCCUGGGCUCACUCACACCAAGUCUCUUCCACGUGGUGGUGCUAUGUGCCACCAGCGAAAGCAGGCCCGACACAAGGUCAAAUACGACAACGAUACCCACAUCCGUGGCGCUAUCGAUAUCGUCAAGGGUCUGGAGAGUAAGCGUCAGCGACGCAAGGAGAAGUUCCACCAAAAGUACUGCAACCGCGCUCGACGUGGCCAGAUCCCCGAGCGCAAGCCUGUUCCCGGACGCGGCACGGAACGCAUGAGGGAACUCGGCCUUCUUAUGGCUGGCAAGAAGGACCAGACCAACUACGUCCUUUCCAUCUAAGCAUGCUUUCAAUUUAGACUGCGAGACACGUUACGACGAAGAUGAUACAUCUUACACGAUUUAACUUGAUGACUCAAAUGUCCUUUCUUACACCUUCUCGGCUAGGUCUCCGAGAUUGUUUUACUGUAUAUACUGAUAAUGGACCCUGGAUGCUCGCAAUGUUCGAGAUUUCCUGUACAUAUUUUUUCUCUUUUUUCUUUGUCAUACUGCAUAAAGCGGCCGGACAACGCUCGCUACUGGCGGAAAGGAGCUUAUUUUGAACUGCUUGGAUACCCGAUACAGCAUUUGGUAUUACUGGGUUACAUGCUCGGCGUUGGAUGAGAGGCUAUCAUGACAUAAAUGCAUUUAGCGGAAUAUCAAUCACGACAAUGAUUCUCUGCCAUAUA